AUGCCUCACAAAUCCGAUGCAGAGGUAACGCCUGCAGAGCGUAUACCAAAUGGGAUUCCCGUCAUCGACGACAAAUUGUCAACAAGUACUUUGCAGACCUACAACGACGAUGUCCGAAAAACAUCUCGUCUUAUUCUGGAUAUCAUAUUUGAGUACGCCCUAAAUAAAUUUGAUGACUCCAAGGAUAGGUUAGAAGCAGGUGCAAAUAACUUCCUGGAUGUCAUUGAUCGAUUUGUUGCGGCAGGGAAGCGUGUGGAAUCAUGCCUUCCUGCGUUUCCAUUCAAGUCUGCCAAUAAGGUCUACAAAGUGCUUGGGAGUCUACCUGAUAUGGCCGAGGAGCUUGCUCUUGAGCGGCUAAAUACCAUGUGUACACGCAUACGAGAAGUAUAUUCGCCCGGUGCUCAGGUCACCAUCAUCUCUGACGGUAUAACAUACAAUGAUUUGUUGUCCAUAUCUGAUCAAGACACUUGGGCUUACGGAGAAGCCCUACGCAAGAUGGCGAUUGAUAAGAAGUUCAACUACAUUAGCUUUUCCAGAAUGAAAGACUUGCUUGACUUUCCCCUGCCAGAGAAGCUCACUGAGAUCACAUAUGUUGCUAAUUGCACAACCUUUCGUCGCCUGCUCUUGAAUCAGUACGGUCGGGAUGACCUUGAUAUUGACCAUGAGGUUACCAUAAAUCCCGAUACCAAGUUGACUUACCUCGGGUACAAAAGAUUCCUGGAGUCAGAUUUGAAACAUAUCUUUCCUCGCGGGAUAGGCCGAAGUGCGCAUAGCUACAAGAGAGAUUGCAAAUAUCUGGCGAAGCAGAUGCUGAUGCGGGGAUAUCUGGCCGAUGGAGAAUGGGUUAGCGCUCCUAUGGGCGAAUUCAGCAAAGAUAGCAGGCUUGAACUGGUUUACAUCGAUGGCCGGCCCAGCCACUUCAGGGAGAAGGCUUGUGAGAAUGGUGCUCUGCCCAUCAGUGACUCAACUGCAAGCUAUCUUGAAGCCGCUAAGCCAGUAAUCGCUAGUGGAUAUCUUAGCGGUGCAACCACCCCAGGCACAGCAUCACCCAGUACCUUUUCACAAUCCCCUCCUCGUGCCAGAGUGAGAAGUAGCGGCGUAACCACUCCCGAAUCUCAGUCUCCUCCUAAUUCAACCAAAACCGGCUUAGGAGUUGUGGUAAACAGCAAACUAGGCGAUACUUCCUCACCAAGAAAAUCCAACGUGAUACCUUCAGUACCUUAUGGCAAGCGACUUAUCCCCCAGAUUAUGGACGAACUGGCUGCUACCCAACCAGAGCGAAUUAUUUUCUCACUGGCGACACUCUCUGGUGAUUCCCUCAUUUUUAGGGAUAUCACUGCCCACGCCUUUAAUAAGGCUGUUGACAAGACCGCUUGGUGGCUUCGAAGCCAGGUCGGAAAACCAGAUUCGAUCCGGCCUGUAGGUUACAUCGGCCCACCCUCUGAGCCUCUAGUUGAGGAGAUUCUGCAAGAACGACCUAUGACACUUUUACAGCUACCCCUUCUCGAGGAACUUCUAGAUGCCUCGUCCACAGAGCCGUUCUUGUAUUCCAAAUCCUUUGAUGAAGCCGUAAAUGAGCCAUUCUGUUUCCUGCAUACAUCCGGGAGCACCGGGGUACCCAAACCUAUUCCUUGGUCUCACGGUCUUAUUGGCCUCGCUGGAGCAUUACCAAAUAUUCGACUUGUUGAGACCCUUGCAGACAAUGUCAAGAUUGACAUCUGGAGCAUGGUGCCGUCUCUUGUCAAUGAGCUAGGCGAAACGCCUGAGGUAUUGGCAAAGCUCAAACCGUCGAAGUUUAUAUGUGCAUCAGGUGGCCCAGUAAGCCCAGUAAGCGCCGGCAAGGUGAACGAUGUGGUAAGAGUAUUGAACUUGACUGGCACCACCGAGGGCCUGUUUAUGGGCAAUCUUGUGACUUCAAGGGAAGAUUGGUUCUGGUUCUGCUUCCACCCUUACUCUGGCUUCGAGUUUAAGGAAAUAGGUGAAGAUACCUACGAGCAUUGGAUCCACCGCAACGAACACUGGCCUCUGUUCCAAGGUAUCUAUCACACUUUCCCUGAAAAAGAGUCAAUCAACUUCAAAGACUUGUAUUCGAGGCACCCUAGUAAGCCUAAUUUAUGGGCUUUCAAAGGCAGAAGUGAUGAUUUGGUGGUAUUGUCUAACGGAUACAAGAUAACGCCACUCGAGACUGAAGCUCUCGUUACUGUCCACCCUGCAAUCAAAGGAUGUAUCCUAUUUGGCACCGGAAAGCCGCAGGCGGGUCUGCUUAUUGACCUAAAAGACCCGUCUCAAAAAUCUGAUGAGCUACUAGAUAGCAUCUGGGAAACAGUGAAGAAGGCUAACUCGAUGUCUCGUCAUAAAGACCAGCUGUUAAAGGACUUUGUUACCUUUACGAAGCCCGACAAACCCUUUAUUUAUACGGAUAAGGGAACCGUGAAACGAGCAGCAACCUUGGCGCUAUAUUCCAACUAUAUAGACCGCUUUUACAGCUCGCUUAGCGAUGAUCCUGAGGAUAUAGAUGCUGUGUUUCCCAUUGACAUAACCUCAACGGAGUCAAUCCAAAGUGGUGUUCGCGAUAUCCUAGCAUCUUCAGUACCAGAAAUCCAGCAGGCUCCAAUUGACACAGAUCUUUUCGAGCUUGGACUAGACUCCCUUGGUGUCUUUGCAGCCAUUAAGAAGAUUCGGAUAGCCACACGUCUUGGUGAACAGAUUGCUCCCAGGCACAUUUAUGCAAAUCCCACGAUUGCUAGCCUUUCUGCUACUAUCGAACGUUUGGCUGCUGAGGUGAAAAGUGCUAAGGCUGAUGCCUCAGACCUACCUGUUGAUGGCGAAACCGCUAAGCUGAAGAGGAUGAUCGCCCAACACCAAGCCAGACAGACUUUUAAGCUGAAUGCAUUGGAUUAUGUCAAUCCAAACCAUAACAUGGGGCUUGUUUUCUAUUUCUCUCUCCGUGAAGGGGUUAGCUACAAGGAAGUGUUUACCAACCUACAAGAGGGACUCAACCGCACAUUUGACCUAAUCCCAGCUCUUAGUGGCAAGAUGAUGCACUGCUCGGAGCAAGAGAUUGGGUACAAGAAGGGAGACCUCUGUGUAACUAUCCCUCCUCUAUCCAUGGCAACCUCAGCCCAUAAUCGUCUCGUCUACAAAGAUCUUUCCGGAAUCCUUCCUUCGUUCGCCAAGAUGCGAGACGCUGAUUUCGCUCCCUCUCUUUUCAAGGAUAGCCUUGUUUUGCGAGAUGAUCCGAUCUCCAAGAUACCUGCUGACAUUUUUGCUGGACAAGUCAACUUCGUCAAGGGUGGUUGUAUUGUUGCUGUUGACUUGAACCACUGCUGCUUAGAUGGCCUUGGAGCCAUGGUCGCUCUCAAGGUUUGGGCUGAAAACUGCCGAUAUCUUCAGGGCGACAAGACCGCGACCUGCAGCUGGUAUGACCCCGAAAGCUUUAAUCAUAGCCUUCCUGAGAUCCUUCAUGAACAGGAAGGCUGGGUUCGCCCAGUUAACGAAGUAGACCCUGGUACAUGGGGCUUCUUACCAUUCUUCCCCCCUGAUGAGAACCAGGCGAACGGCGAGUCUGUCCUCACUACAAAAGAAAGCCCCCUCGGCCCUCGUCCAAUUUUCCCUCUACAUAAUAUCUGGCCUGUACCUCGUGCUGAGAGGUGCAUGAAGACAACCUCCUUCCUGAUUUCUCCGGAGAAUCUCGAGAAAAUGAAACAAGACGUUAUUGCGGACCCAGAAGCCAAGGGAGUUAUCACAUCCAUUAGCGACAUAGUACAGGCUUUCUUCUGGCGUACUGCCAUUAGGGCUCGAUAUCGUGUGGCUAAGGAGAUUCGAAAGCAGAGUUUUGGGCCUGAGGACAUGUCUAUUCUUGAACUACCCACUGAUGGUCGGCCGUACUUCUCCUCCCGUCUACCAUCAACGUACAUGGGCAGCGUACUCAUUAUGAACCGGUGCAGCAUCCCUGUGGAAACCCUUUGUUCCCCUGAGACAAGCAUCGGGUACGUCGCGUACAAUCUUCGCCAGUCUACUGCACGCAUUACUCCGUCUCUUGUGCAUGAUGCCUUUACCAUCCUGCAAUCCCUUCCAGAUCACAGCCGGUUUUCAACUGCCAAUAUGGGUCUUGAGCACAUGCACGCCAUGAUAUCAAACAUGAUGCUCUUCCCCACUAGUGAAAUAUCAUUUGGAAGCAAGUUUUUUGCCAACGGAGGCUCCCCUGAGUCGAUGAGGCCUCAAGUUGACCGAGCCAAUGGUAUCUUCCGGUUCCUUGCCAUCUAUCCUAUGAAGAAGGAUGGGGGGGUAGAACUUGUGUUGGGAACACAUCCCGAGGAACUCGAAAUGUUCAAAACUGAUCCUGAGUUUACAAAAUAUGCAGAGCUUGUGGACGUUUGCUGA